AUUACUGUAUUGAAAUGAAGACUCCCAACUUAGUUCUUUUCUUCCUCAUUGUUGCAGUGGCCAGGAGCAAUGCUAUCGUCUUUGACAUAUGCAGCUUCUCAGCCAUCCUGAAGGAAAAUGGAUUGGAGGGAUUUUCAGGCACCACUAUUGCAGAAUGGAUUUGUUUGGUGUUCCACAUUAGUGGCUUUGAUACCUCAGCCCUCAACGUGGGACCAAAGGCCUCCAAUUACGGGAUCUUCUUGCUAAGCGCAAAGUGGUGGUGUGAUGAUUUCAAGACACUAUAUGCACCCAACUAUUGCAACUUGAGUUGUGAAGCCCUACGGGAUGAUAACAUUACUGAUGAUAUCCAAUGUGCCAAGAGAGUUGUCCAAAGAAGCAAUGGCUUUGGAGCAUGGACUGCCUGGAGGAAACACUGUAAAGGAGAAGAUCUGAAGAAAUAUAUUGUAGGCUGUGACCUGGAAGAAGUCACCUCUUCACCGCCAGUCCCAGAAAAAAUAUUUACUAGUGACCAGAGGCCAAAGUCUAUACAUCCUGGAGUAGAUCUUCUGACUACUCCUUUCCGAGACAUGUACCCCAAAGAACCUACUCUCCCACUUAAAAAGGAGCCUAAGUCUGAGCUUCCAGCCAUGGGUUCUUCAAAACCUACAACUUCUAUAAGGGAGUUCCCAAAUACCACCUUCCUAUCUGAGAAUCUUCUAAAAUCUAACAUUUCGGUCAAAGAGCCUCCAAGAUUCACCCUCUCGACACAUAGUCCCUUAAAACACUCUGUUGCAUUAGGGGAAGCCCUAAAUUCCAUCCCACCCAAGAUUCCUCCAAAACCUACGGCCUCCAUCAAUGAGACUUCAAACUCCACCCUCCAAGCAGUUGAUCCCAGAAAAUAUCCAAUCCCAUCGCAUAAUAAUACAGAACCCAGCAUUUUUUAACCACGCAUACAAGAACAAAUAGUGAGAUUAAUAGUAAAACUGGAUUUUUUUAAAAAAAAAUAUCCUAUUGUAUCAAAGCUGCCAUGAAUGUGUAAUGAAAUUGCGCAAUCUUUUGCUAGUGUGGAGCCAUAAUACUAUUAUUUGGGGAUAGUGGUGUCAUUUAUUUAUUAUACUCUUCAUUUAUAAGUGAUGCUCUAUACAUGAACAUAAUGUUCUCCAUAGAAUUAAAUAAACUGGUAUGGUUAAAAAACGUAAUGGCUGUGUAUAAUAGGAAACAUAUGACAUUGCUUUAAAUUUAAAAAAAAGCAAAAUUCUGAAUAUUGUUGAAUCAUCAGUGAUCUAAUAUGACUAUUAAAUUUUCAAUUCUCCCAACAUUGACAUUUCUUGGUGAUGUGCACAUAUAAACAAAUAAUUAUACCAAUUAAAAUUAUUUCUUGUUUAUGUCAUACAUACGAAAUAAUUUUAAUAGGUAUAAUUAUGUUGUGGCU